AUGUCGGCUGUCGAAGAAACCGCGGACGACUCACUUUACCCGAUCGCCGUUCUUAUCGACGAACUUCGCAAUGAAGAUGUCACUCUCCGUCUCAACAGCAUCCGGAAGUUGUCUACAAUCGCUUUGGCUCUCGGUGUUGAGCGUACUCGCAACGAGCUUAUUCAAUUUUUGACCGACACUAUCUACGACGAGGAUGAGGUUCUUCUUGUUCUUGCUGAACAACUUGGAAACUUCACUCCAUUAGUUGGAGGACCGGACCACGUUCAUUGUCUUCUUUCUCCACUCGAGAACUUGGCUACUGUUGAGGAAACAGUCGUUCGUGAUAAGGCCGUGGAAAGUCUCCGCAAGAUUGCUGAUAAGCACAGCUCAGCUUCAUUAGAAGAGCACUUCGUCCCAAUGCUCAGACGUCUUGCCACUGGAGAUUGGUUCACUUCUCGUACUUCGGCAUGCGGGCUCUUCUCUGUCGUUUAUCCACGUGUUAGUCCGGCAAUCAAGUCGGAACUAAAAAGCAUGUUCCGUACUCUUUGCCGCGAUGAUACUCCGAUGGUCCGUCGUGCUGCGGCCGCAAAGCUAGGAGAGUUUGCCAAGGUCUUCGAGAAAACUACAGUUGUCGAAGGACUUCAUUCAAGUCUCACUGAUCUUCACGUUGAUGAACAAGAUUCGGUCCGUUUGCUCACUGUAGAGUCAGCAAUUGCUUUUGGAACCCUUCUUGAUAAGGCUAACAAGAAAAAACUAGUCGAGCCGAUUCUUAUCGAGUUGUUCGACGACAAGUCCUGGAGAGUUCGUUACAUGGUUGCCGAGAAGCUCAUUGAGAUCCAAAAUGUUCUCGGAGAGGACAUGGAUGCUAAUCAUCUUGUUGCUUUGUACACCAACCUCCUCAAAGAUCCAGAAGGGGAAGUUAGAUGCGCUGCAACUCAACGUCUUCAAGAGUUCGCCGUUAAUUUGCCAGAGGACAAGCGCCAAAAUAUCAUUUGCUCUCAGCUUCUCGCAGUUGCCAAAGAACUCGUCACAGACGGUAAUCAACUCGUUAAGUCAGAACUCGCCGGCGUCAUAAUGGGACUUGCCCCAUUAAUCGGCAAGGAACAAACUGUUUCCGAACUUCUCCCACUGUACAUGCAACUCCUCAACGAUCAAACCCCAGAAGUCCGCCUAAACAUCAUCUCCAGUUUGGAUAAAGUGAACGAGGUGAUUGGAGCCGCUCAAUUGUCGACUUCACUACUCCCAGCAAUUGUCGGAUUGGCUGAAGACGGAAAGUGGAGAGUACGACUUGCAAUCGUUCAAUUCAUGCCACUUCUUGCAUCUCAACUAGGACAAGAGUUCUUCGAUGAGAAACUGUUGCCCCUCUGCUUGAAUUGGCUUACUGAUCACGUUUUCUCAAUCCGUGAGGCUUCUACUCUCAUAAUGAAAGAGUUGACGCAAAAGUUUGGAGGACAAUGGGCUAGUACAAAUAUCGUUCCAAAAAUGCAAAAACUUCAGAAGGAUACCAACUAUUUGCAAAGAAUGACUUGCCUCUUCUGCCUGAACACACUCAGUGAGGCAAUGACACAGGAACAGAUUCUCAAAGAGAUAAUGCCAAUUGUGAAAGAUCUUGUGGAAGACGAUGUUCCAAAUGUCAGAUUCAAUGCGGCCAAAAGUUUGAAGAGGAUCGGAAAGAAUCUGACAGCCAGCACCCUGACAUCCGAAGUGAAACCACUCCUCGAGAAGCUUGGAAAGGACUCCGAUUUUGAUGUUCGAUACUUUGCAGAGGAAGCCAGAAACGGUCUCGGCUUGUAA